AUGACGUCACGUGGUACAAUCUGUGCUUCUGAAAGUUCCACAAUGCGCGUGGCCGUAGUUGGAGCAGGUGUGAUAGGGCUUUCCACGGCUCAGAGCAUUUAUGAACAUUAUCACUCAGUCAUUCAGCCCCUCAGCAUAGAGGUGUAUGCUGACCGCUUCACUCCUUUGACCACGAGUGACGGAGCUGCUGGCUUCUGGCAACCAUACCUUUACGAUGAUGGGAAAGUGGAGGAAACUAAGUGGAAUAAAGAGACUUUUGACUACUUAUUGAGUUUCAUCAAGUCCCCAGAAAGUGUGAAGAUGGGGAUUUUCCUUCAAUCGGGCUACAAUGUAUGCACUGAGCCAUCACCUGAGCCGUCGUUCAAAGAUAUUGUUUUGGGUUUUAGAGAGCUCAGCAAGCGUGAGAUGCAGAUGUUUCCUGGAUACAAACAUGGCUGGUUUAACACUGCAUUGAUGGUUGAAGGAAAAACGUACCUGCCUUGGCUAAUGGAUUGGCUGGAACAGAGAGGUGUGACAUUUCAUCAUAGAAAAAUUGAGUCCUUUAAAGAUCUUGCAGAAACUGGAGCAGACGUCAUUAUCAAUUGCACUGGAGUGAGAUCCGGUGAACUCCAGCCAGACCCUGAACUUAAACCAGGUCGUGGGCAGAUUAUAAAAGUAGAUGCCCCAUGGCUUAAGCACUGGAUUCUAACCCAUAACAAAAAGGAAGGAGUUUACAACUCCCCCUACAUAAUCCCAGGAAGUCGACUAGUUACUGUUGGCGGCGUGUUUCAAAUAGGAAACUGGAAUGAGGAUAACAGUUCUAUUGACCACAAGAAUAUUUGGGAAGCGGCAUGCAAGUUUGAACCUAGUUUGAAACAUGCAAAAAUUGUGGACGAUUGGUCUGGCCUUAGACCCUACCGCAGCAAAGUGAGGCUGGAGAGAGAGUCUGUCCAGUGUGGGCUCUCUAAAGUUGAGGUAAUACACAACUAUGGGCACGGAGGGUUUGGAUUGACCAUUCACCGGGGUUGUGCUGAGGAGGCUGCCAGGCUGUUUGGACAGAUAGUUGAAGAAAAAGGAAAGGGCCUGAAAGCUCGUCUCUAA